UUCACUGUGACCUCUUUUGCAGUUUCUUCGAUCGGUGGCAAAUGCGCAGUCGACGAACAAUGCUGGCGAGUCACAAACUUGUCCAUUUGCGAUAAUCCCACGAUGCUGUGUUCAUGUCCGGUACGAUACGUCAACGACGCGAAUGGCAAAACGUGCCUGCCAGUUAAGCGCUUGGACGAACCCUGCGUGAUCAGCGAGCAAUGCUUGGCCACAUCACCCGAUUCAACGUGUCUGAAGAAUGCUGAUGCUCUUGGACUUGGAGAGGAUUGUGUCACUGGUGACUUGUGCCAGGCUCGAGUGACAGGGUCGACUUGCGAUGCAGGUUCGAAAAAGUGCGUCUGUGAAGCCAACAACUACAUACAAUUCAGGAUACCCAAUCAAACGUUGGAUACUUGCAUACCAGUGGUAUCCCUCGACGGAAUCUGCGUCUAUGACGAAUCUUGCCAAGCAACAGAUGCGAAUGCUCUUUGUUUGUCUCAGAACGGAGAAAAGCGAUGUGGCUGCAAUUCAAAAAACUUCACUGCCGUGCUUGGCCAGUGC